GAAAGAAUUUGACACAAGGACAACAGGAGGGUUAAGACUGAUCCAAGGUCCAAUUUUGACAUACAGUUACCUAUGUGACUUUCAUUUGGUUUGCAUCAAUUAACAACCAUCAUGUUGUACCAUGAAUGCACCGUAUUGCUAUUUCAAAGUGGUAGGCUACUACUGUUUCAAAGAGAAAAUCCUUUUCUAGGAAAACAUUUUCAGACUCUUGAACCUGUAAACGUGAACAACUUUAGCUUUUAAGGUAGUUUCCUGUCCUCGUUACGUUUCCUCUGCAGAGUUUCACUUUCAGUUGUUUUACUGCGCAGCGGAAGAGAAGGAAAGUUGGAGAGUGGGCCGAUCCGAACGAAGAAACUUUACUAAGAACAACCGGACUUCUCAGAAAGUGCUGUAAACACUCCCAUCACUAUACAGACAUGGUGGUCGGCCGCUUGGGUGAAAACUGCCCUGACAGCAUGCCUGGAUCAGAGCGAGGUAACACGGCAGACCUUCCUGCGCAGCGUGGCGAAGAGCACGAGGAUCAGGGGGGACAGAUGGAGCCCUUGAGGAUCAUGCUUCUUGGGAAGAGCGGGGUAGGCAAGAGCUCGAGUGGGAACACCAUCCUCGGGCGGACGGUGUUUAUAUCAGACAUGAAGCUGAAGAGAGUCACCAAACACUGUGACAAAGAGACUGGGACGGUGAAGGAUGUGCCUGUCGCUGUGAUCGACACACCCGGCCUUUUUGAGACAAAAAAAAACAAGGAGGACAUGGUGCGAGAUAUUCUCAAGUGUGUCAAACUCCAGGAACCGGGCCCUCACGUCUUUGUGCUAGUAGUCCCCGUAGGACGGAUGACUCAGGAAGACCAAGAUACCAACACACUGAUCCAAGCGAUGUUUGGCCCGAGGGUGUGGGACCACACUAUCGUGCUGUUCACGCACGGGGAUCGCUUGGGGGGGAAAACGAUCAACGAUGUCAUCACGGAGAGUGAUGACGACCUCCGCAACUUCAUACGCAGGUGCAGCGGCGGCUUCCAUGUCUUCGACAACAAGAACCCGGGGGACCAGGAGCAGGUGACGAGCUUCGUGGCCAAAAUCCAGACCCUGGUGGCCCUGAAUGGAGGCCAUUAUUACAGCACAGACCUGUAUCCCCAACCGGAGAGGAUGAUUAGGGAAAAACAGGAGUGCUUACUGGCGGAAAGAAUUGAUGAGAUCAUCCGCAAGGAGACACUGCUGAAGGAGCAUCUCCAGGGGCAAGAGCUGGAGGCGAAGAAGAAGGAGCUGUGGAGGAAAGAGGAGGACAAAGCGAGAGCAGAGGCAGAGAAAUACAUCCACAAUACCUGCUUUUGGAGAUGGAUCAUCUUCCUGGGACUGAUAGGACUGCUAAUAGGUCUGGCUCUUCGGCAACCAAUUGUGGGCGUUCUGGCAGGGAUUGUGAUUUGUAUUGUGUAUUACUUCAAGGUGUUAAUUAUUCCUCUGUUUAUGUCUGCAAAAAUACGGUGGCUUUGUAAGAAAAUCGAACAGGUGUGCAUUGAGAUAGGGAAGCAUUGUUAGCAAUCAGUCAUCCAUUACUCACGUCUGUAAUAGAUGUUCACCUGAUGAGAUGGAUUUUAUUUCAGAGAAAUUGUUUGGAAAAUGUUUGUCUUUAAUGUGUCAGUUUAUAAUUCGAAAUAAGAAAAAAAAAACAAUUUGGGGGAUUUUGUGGCUUUCACACUCCCUUGUUUUGAUUAAGGCUCUCCACCAACACAACUGUAAAAAUGUGCUAAUGAUGGGAGAAAAAUGUAAGGUUGUGUAUAUUGACAAUGUUUGAAGUGGUAUUUGGUGUUUUAUCAGCAAGUCUAGACAUAAAGAAUUAACUGAUUUACUCGAGAAUACUCUGUGUAUUUUACGAUUAUAUAUGAUUAUAUUGUAGUGUGCAAUGUGACCGUAAAUGUGAUGCCCACUGAUGGUAGUUUAGACCAUAGACUAGGGCUGCACGAUAUGAGGAAAAUAUGCGAUAUUCGAUAACGUUGUUAUUAUAUUACUUGAUAUUACUUGCGAUAAAUUAACAAAUAUUAAAGUGUACUCAGUUCUGUAUUUCUUUCAAUAUUCUGCUAAUAUACAACAAAUUGCUAGAUGAAUUUAAAACAAAUUAAAGCAAAUAAUUUCCAACGUUCUUUUAUUGAGCAAAUUGAACGUUGAAUUGAAUAUUAAAGGCACACCAAAAAAAAAGUGACAGGUACAUUUUAAAGUGCAGUUUUCUACAAAUAUUUUCUUUCAACUAACACAAAAAAUCCUUGAGUGUCUUUCGCAAUAUGUUUAUUGCGCCAGUUGAUAUCGCGAUGACGGAUAAAAAACCAAUACAUUGUGCAUCCCUACCAUAGACUAUAUAAAACUAGUUUAGACAGAAUCAAUAACAUGUCACUGCUCUCCUCUGUUGAGGGACAGCAGAUCGAGGUAUGACACUGGUUUGUGAUUUUAUCAAUGGUUAUUGUUUAUUAAUUUUAAAAAACUGGUGAUUUUUGAACAAAUGUAAAGUUGUUUUUCUGGUCUCAUGUACCGGUAGUCUACUGCAGUCUUGUGAAACAUUGUACAUGGACAUAAUAAACAGACAAUUGCAUAAUG